CACCGCCUCCGCCACCACCGACUCUCGCGCCCGGCCCCCCACCUCCACCACCACCGCCCCCACUGGGGCCCACACGAGCUGGUAGCGCUGGAGCCCCCACGAACGCAAUGGGGGGCCCACCUAUGCCACCCCCUCUGCUCAACACCAGGUCCGUGUCCCCGAGUUGCAGCCCCGAGCCCACGGACAAUGGGGGUAAACUGCUCCCGCAGCAGGAGACUCCCACUCCACGCACAAAGAUGAAGACCAUCAACUGGAACAAGAUCCCGAAUCACAAGGUGGUGGGCAAGAACAACAUCUGGUCCCUUGUUGCACGCAGCCACCAGCACUCGCCUAUGGCCGACCUGGACUGGGCCGAGAUGGAAGGGCUGUUUUGCCAGCAGGCGCCCCCUGCACCAUCCUCCCAGUCCUCGCCUCGUUUGGGGCGCGACCCGCAGGACCCCGAUCGCAGGCGCAAGGAGUCCUCGGAGAUUGCUCUGCUGGAUGGAAAGCGAAGUCUCAAUGUGAACAUCUUCCUGAAGCAGUUCCGCAGCUCCAAUGAGGACAUCAUUCAGCUCAUCCGGGAUGGGGAGCAUGAUGACAUUGGUGCUGAGAAGUUGCGAGGCCUGCUGAAGAUCCUGCCAGAGGUGGACGAGCUGGAGAUGCUACGUUCAUUUGACGGAGACAAGGCAAAGCUUGGAAAUGCAGAGAAGUUCCUGCUGCAGCUCAUAGACGUCCCAAAUUACAAGCUGCGGAUUGAGAGCAUGCUUCUUCAGGAGGAGUUUGCUGCCAACAUGGGGUACCUGGAGCCCAGUAUAAACUCCAUGAUCGUUGCAGGAGAGGAUCUGAUGACGAACAAACCACUUCAGGAAGUUCUGUAUAUGGUGAUUGUAGCUGGCAACUUCCUCAACUCGGGAGGAUACGCUGGAAAUGCUGCUGGAGUGAAACUGAGCUCCCUUCAGAAGCUGACAGACAUUCGGGCCAACAAACCUGGCAUGAACCUCAUCCACUACGUCGCCUUGCAAGCAGAGAAGAAGCGCAAGGACCUCAUGAGAUUCCCAGAAGAGAUGACAGUACUUGAGGAUGCCACAAAGACAACAGUGGAGCAGCUUCAGAAUGAGAUUAAUGCUUUGGACUCUCGCAUCAAAAAAGUUCGGAAGCAGAUUGACCUUCCAUCAACAGAGAAGGAGAUAAAGAUGCAAAUGGGAGAGUUUCUACAGAUGGCAGAGCAUGAGGUGUCAGGACUACAGCGAGACAUGGAGGAGCUUGAAAAUGUUCGCAAGGCACUGUCAGAAUUCUUUUGUGAGGACACCGCCACAUUCAAACUGGAGGAGUGCUUCCGGGUAUUCCACGGCUUCUGCGUCAAGUUCCGGCAGGCUGUCGCCGAGAAUGAGCGUCGACGUAUUCAGGAGGAGCAAGCCAAUGCUCGCAGGAGACAGCGCGAGGAGCAACUUGCUGCACGUCGUCGACAGCAGAUGAGUGGGCAGCCGGGCUCUGAGUCAGAGUGUAAUCUUGUCGACUCACUGCUUUACGACAUCCGCUCUGGAUUCCAGCAGAGCAAGGGUCUUGACAGUAGCAACAGGGACCUCAGGGCUCGCAAGCUGCAGAAUGGAGGCAUGACAUCAGAGGAAGACAUGUCGUCUAUCACAGGCUCACCACUGGUAUCUCGCCGUAGGAUGGGCUCAUUCUCAGGGCCAACAGGUGACCAAGCGACUUCUGGCGGACGUGAUGAAGGAUAUUCCCCAGAUGAAAGGGGCCGACAGUUACAGCGUCAUGGCUGCCGAGUCCGUUCAGAUGUGACACCAAAUGGAAGCUUGAGGCGUCGGCGUAGUAGAGUCCCAUCUGAGGAGGAUGACUCAAACCUGAUGGAUUUCUUGCGUUCAUCAGGCCACGAUGGUAGCCGUGAGCGGAAGUCCUGGGGCAGUCUUGAUCGCUCAUGGGCCCGUCGGGCUCGUGGAGGGGGUCGCAAGCGUCCAGACCUGCUCAGUGCAGAUUUUUCUGAUGAAAGGGAGCGCCCCAGUUCACCAUCACCCCUUAUGGAGACAAAACCACUGCUGCCAUCUGCACAAGAGGGAGACAGCAAACCAAAGGCGUGGCGACAGAAGAUUGAGGCAUGGUUACAGGAGAAUGAGAAAGAGGAGAAAGAGAGUGAGGAGUUAAGACGCCGGUCACGCAGAGUCCAGAGCAGCCGGCGUUCACUCGAAGCAGAUUCAGAGAGUGAAGGAAGGAGUGGCACAUUGGACACACUGCCUGAGGAAAAGUCUACUAACACGCAGUACAAGCGUGUCUACUCUGACUGGCGGCCCACCAUUGAAAAGACAGACAUUGUUGGUGCGAUGGAGGCCAUUGAAGAAGCUCAGCCACAGACUCCCGUAAAGGACAAAUCCCCAUGGCGCAAGUCAAAUCUGAAUGUCCCAAACAGUGCCGAAGAGACAGAACUGGACAUGCGACGCGUACGUCGAAUACGGUCCCGAGGCAGCAUGGAUUCUGGGUCUACCUCAUCCAAUCCUCUCCAGUCCAUCAAGGAGGAAGACAAGCGGAAGGGCAUGAUUGGGUCACUGGGAGACAAGUCACAGGAGCAGGACAGGCUCACCCUGUAUCUGGAUCCAGCACGCUCCCAACUCCUGAACAAGUGUCGCCAAGUGCCAGGUGACUUGCUACACUCUAUUGUGGGUGAGGAGCCACCCACUGUGCACCGGCGCCUCCGCCGUCCGCCCCGCGAUGACCAAGGUGACAUUGAUGCUGACAAUGUUGAGACACCACCUGCCAUACGACGCAGACCAGUAGAGCCAGAGGAGGAGACACUGGGAGAUGGUCAGUUUGACAGGUUUGCAGCAGCACGACGGACAAGACGCUACAAGAAGACCUCAGACUACAGUUCAGACCGUGAUGAGGAGCCAUUACCUGCCAGGAGGACUGAGGUUGUGUCCCCAGAACUAGUGUCUGAGAAGCAGGUGAUUCGCCCUACCACACUGCAUGUGACAUCCAUUCCUGUGGCCGAGAAAUCCCCAGAACAGGCCGAGGACACUGAGACGAGGCUGAGAAAGUGGCAGGAUCGGUUGAAGUACCGUGGUGGGGGGAGGGAGGAGGAAGCAGCACUAGCUGAUAUUGCAUCCGCUGGGCGGGAGUUGCAGCAGCUUGAACAGCUGCAAUCUGCCAGGACAGGGCAGAGAGACCGUGUCAAAAGCAUGAUUGACCCCCGCCAGGUGAAAGAGGCACUGAGGUGCAGCAGGACCUCACCAGCUGUCCCAGAGAAGAAGCCAGGUGCAGACAGACCGAAGAAUGAGUUUAUUCCAGAAAUCAAGGUACAUGCCUCUACACCAAGCCAUGUCAAGGGACGCAGUGAGCAUGAUCUGAAUGAUGAGGGAUUUGAGGAGACACAGAGCCUUGUGUCUGAGACCCCAAGCCAGGGCACUUCAUCUGAUGUAGUUGACUUGCCAAGCAAGAGCAAGAGGCGGCCAGGACGCAUCAUCCGUGCAGAUAGUAGUGGGAGCAGUAGUAGCAACACUGUACCAGGGUCCACUUCAGCUCCUGCUGCUGCUGUUGGAAGCAGGACAAAGCUAGAGCCCCGCACUGCUCUGGGAAGGAGCAACUCAGUGCGGGGAGAAGGCCGAGCCAGUGUGAUCCCCAGGCGCACAGCUAGUCUGCGUAAGACAGACUCACAAGCCAGUCUGUCUCGACGAGAGCGUUCCAACUCUCGUACCAGUCUGCGCAGCUCCCGCAGCUCCCUCAACAGUGCUGCCUCUGUGAACACUGUAAAGAAUGCCAUGCCAUGCACACCACCCCUCUCCAAGUCCUCCAGCCGCUCUAGUGUGCAGGGAGCCCGCCUGACUGGUUAUACUACUGCUAUCAAAGCCUUGACAUCCAACUUGUCCAAAGAGCCAGUACGUCGCCAUGCUUCUGCCCCUACUAAGAAACCACUUGGUCCUGUCCAGCUAAAGACUUCCUCCCAGCGGUCUGUUCCAGCAAGUCGCAGCUCUAGUAGUGGUAGCAGUAUUGGGCCCAGUGUGCGUCGUCCUCGUGUCACUUCCAGCGUCAGCACCAGCUUCAAGGAGAAUGCUACCAAUGUGACUGGAAGACCUGGGUCUGUCCCAGCCAGUCGUAGCUCCAGUAGUGGCAGUAGUGUGGGGCCUGUGGCCAGGCGGUCAGUUCAGCAGAGGAGUGGUCUUGGGUUCAUGAGGCCAACUGCUGCCAGUGCUGCAAAGGACAGUGUUGGAUCUGAUAUGACAAAAGUGAGGAGAACAAUCAAAUGACAGAGCAGGCUGUUACAACUUAGAAAGGCACUGCAGCAAGAUGUAAGACUAACCGGUCUAGUCAGGGAGUCUUGGUCAUAUGGUGUGUGUGCAUUUCAAUGAUGUCCUUAGCAAGGUGCAGCACAAUUAAGGUACAAAAGUUUCAUGUGCCAGCAUUCAUCAUAAUGAGUGUACAUAAUUGUUAGGAUAUAAGCAGUAUAUCAUGGUGCCUUAAAGCAUUGUUAACAAGAAGUUAUUUUACACCAAACUUACAUAAAAGUCUAACAUUUUUAUAUCUAUUUUAUAUACAUCACAAACAUAACAAACUAAACACCUCUGUACAAGAAGGGAGCUGGAAGCCUGUUAGACUUGGUUUUCUAGUCAGUUCUUAGGAGACUGUACCUUGCAGACAGGCUUGUAGGUUCUCGGUAACUCUGAGCAGUAAAAUAUUGAAAUCUCACAUGAGGUUUAGAGUCUUGGCUAAGUCUGAGGCCACAGUUUACUGUACCUGGAUGACUACUGGUUGAGAUACAACCACUGCUAGUACUGAGACAUGGUCAUUCUUUACAAUACCUCAUACUAGGUCACAACCACUUUUCACAAACCUUUCCAAUUCAUCAUUCAUAUAGUUAUCCUACAGUUUGAUGCUAUAUAACCAAUGCAAUUAAAAAUGGGUUGUUAAAUAAUCUAAUAAUUAAUCAAUCAGGAACCAUCAUCAGGUAAGAUGUUUUAAGCUUAUAUAUUUUUGUGUUACUUUAGAGAAUCUUGCUUGAAGAUGGCUCUUGUCAAAUUGAAAGCUGUAGUGACAAUAUAUAAAUAUAUGGUUACCUACCCUUUUUUAAAUGAUAAUAUUAUAAUAAUAAUAGUAAUAAUGAUAUUAAUAUGUUUGUACAAUUUUCUGAAAGUGUUGCAAUUUGUACAUGUGUAAUGCAAUAUUAACUGGUUUUAAAAUGGAAUCAGUGACAUGAAAUUGUUUCAGAGCUUCUGAUGCACUAGAGAACGCUUCAUACUCAGAUUUUCUGAAGACUGUGAAAUAAAUCAAUUUUUUUGAAGACUAAUAUUCUCUAAGGGGUGUGAGUUGGAACACAGGUGUUGUAAAGAGUGUAAACAGCUCUUGUUACCCUCAUUUCAUUUUGAAAGUUUGUGAACAGGUAAUAAUAAAUGUUGACAGUUUGAAGUGUA